GCCAGCAGAGCCGCGCCGUCCGGCCGUCCCCGCGCGCCCUGCCCGCGGACCUGGGACCUCGAACCCCCGACCGGCGCGGAAGCCCCUCGGAACGCUCGCUUUUCUGAAAAAGGAAAUGAAACCAGAGACAGAGGGAAGCUGAGCGAAAAUAGACCUUCCCGAGAGAGCGGGGAGCCGAGGAGAGGCGCGGUCCCCUCCCCGCCCCCGGGCCGCCGCCCCCCGCCCGCCCGCGAGCCCGCGCCGCGACCCCGGCCGGAGGUGCGCGCAUCCCCGGCGGCGACAGCGCGCGGGCCGAGCCGGACGGGCGGCGGCGGGACCGGGAUGGAAGGGAGCGCGGUGACUGUCCUUGAGCGCCGAGGGCCGAGCUCGCCGCCGGGGCGCCGGAGCAAGAGGCGGCGCGGGAGCGGCGGCGGCGCCCGAGCACCCGAGGGGGUCCGAGCCCCGGCCGCCGGCCGGCCCCGCGCCACAAAGGGAGCGCCCGCGCCGCCUGGCACGCCACCUCCCUCCCCAAUGUCCUCGGCCAUCGAGAGGAAGAGCCUGGACCCGUCUGAGGAGCCAGUGGACGAGGUGCUGCAGAUCCCCCCGUCCCUGCUGACAUGCGGAGGCUGCCAGCAGAACAUCGGGGACCGCUACUUCCUGAAGGCCAUCGACCAGUACUGGCACGAGGACUGCCUGAGCUGCGACCUGUGCGGGUGCCGGCUGGGCGAGGUGGGGCGGCGCCUCUACUACAAGCUGGGCCGGAAGCUGUGCCGCCGAGACUACCUCAGGCUUUUUGGCCAAGAUGGUCUCUGUGCAUCCUGUGAUAAGCGGAUCCGUGCCUACGAGAUGACGAUGCGGGUGAAAGACAAGGUGUACCACCUGGAAUGCUUCAAAUGUGCCGCCUGUCAGAAGCAUUUCUGCGUGGGCGACAGGUACCUCCUCAUCAACUCCGACAUAGUAUGCGAGCAGGACAUCUACGAGUGGACUAAGAUCAACGGAAUGAUAUAGGCUAGAGCCCCCACCUCUUUGCAGAGGAGUCUCCCUGAAGUCGCUGUCUCCGUGGGGUCUUCACUCUUAAGCACUUUGGGGAUGUGAGGGUGGAUGAGGCAUAUCCGAGGGGAUGGUAGACCCUAAUUGGGCACAAAGACACAGCAUCCAAGUGACAAUACAAAGGACGAGACUUAAAUGUGACAAAAUGACUGGCCUUUAGGAAGAACUUAUGGCCAAUGGCCACAGCCUCUCCUUAGUAACUGGCGUGGUUGGUAAGCUGGGGUGUGAGCAGGUGCUGUGCCGCCAUGAUGGAGCCACGUCUGCACAUAGGGAGUGUUGUGGACAGCCUGUUAGGACUUCGACCCUUGAAAUCUAGAGAUGUGUGUUUGAUUUCUUUUCUUCCUGGCUUUUAUGACAACCCUGUUCUGGUCACUGUCUUCCACACAAGGGAAGGACAGAGAGGAGAGUGGACGUCUUUUUUUUCUUGGCCGCCUACUCAAGGCCUUCAGCCUUGGACCCAAGGGAAAUGCAUGGAGACACAUUUCAGUUGAUAAUGGAAACUGCAACUUUUAGCUAAACAAUUAUUUAAAGCAAUGCUCAUGAGUCACUCUUUUUAGACACCUUAGUUUUGAGGUGUGGAGCUCCACAGAUUGUUUCUAUACAAAUGUAAAUCUAAAGAAAAGUUGUUCAACUAUUUUAUUAUCUUAGAUUAUGUCAAAGUAUUUGUUGUGUGUAGUUAAAAAAACUCUGCAGACAAUAAAAACGACAGACUAAAAUGCA